GUCGUAAACUAGGGAGAACUAUUAAAUAUUUUAUAAUUCACGUCACUAAAAAGACAAAUUGAACUUAUUCACGAUGCGUUGCUAGUUGCAAAUUAAAGAAGAACUUUUUUUUAUUUGGAAGUUCUCAGUCCGUCGUAGAUGGAUCCUUUUAAACGGACCACCACAGCGCGAAGAACCUCAAAGGGCCUGAAAGCGUCUCAGCCAAUGUCUGCGACAGCAUUACCAUUGGUGGCAGAUUCCAGAACUACUACCUACUCUCCUAAAACUUUGGAGAGAUCUGGAGCCUAUGCCUGCUCACCGAGACGCCGUUUUUUGUUGCUCGAUCCACCGAAGAUUACCAUUCUAUGUUCAUUGCCCUCUAUUUGGUUCCCUCGCUAUGGCGAGCCUUCUUCGAGUAAGUGCCCUACCAACCAGAGAACCGAGAAAUCCACUUUUGUCUAUGAAUAUGCUAUCAACACAGUUCCACGGCCAUGCGAAAACGCAUUACCCCAUUCUAUGGGAAAGAAAAACGAGAAAAUAAUCUCGGCCGGCUUCCAAAAGGCAAAUGCGGGGUACAUCGAAGCGGAAGAUCGUCAUCGUCGUAAGGGGUCGCCGCGUCUGUAGCACGGCACUACUCUCUAAGUGAUGAAUAUCCCCGAAGGGUGCUUGGUCAAGGUACUGAUUUGACCUCCAAACGUCUCACGUAGCUGCUCGCAUAUGCCCCCUCGCAGUCUUCUAUGGGUAUCAAGUUGUGAGGAGAGCAGCCGAAAUAAAGACAGAUGCCAUCUAUCGUAUGCCAGAGUCCUAUCACAUAGAACUCGUAUCUGCCGAUCCAGAUUGGAGGCUGGAAAG